UUGAAAAUUAUUUUCACCGCAUUUUUACUGUUUUUUUUUUCUGUUGGGUAAAUUCGAAAAGCCAGACAUGAGUCUCUCUGGAAAAGACAAGUCUGUGGUUGCGUCCUUCUGGGAUAAAGUGGCCCCAAAAGCCCCCGAGAUUGGAGCAGAGGCUCUGGGCAGGAUGCUGACUGCAUAUCCGCAGACCAAGACCUACUUUUCUCACUGGGGUGACCUGAGUCCCGACUCUGCACAGGUGAAGAAGCACGGUGCCACCAUCAUGGGAGCCGUUGGAGAUGCCGUUUCAACGAUUGAUGACCUUGUUGGCGGUCUGUCCAAACUGAGCGAGCUGCAUGCAUCCCAGCUCAGAGUGGAUCCUGCCAACUUCAGGAUUCUCGCUCACAACAUCAUCUUGACCAUGGCCAUGUUCUUCCCCGAAGACUUCACUCCGGAAGUCCAUGUCUCCUUUGAAAAGUUCCUGCAGAACGUGGCUUGGGCUCUGUCCGAGAAAUACCGUUAAUAUAGAUUCGGGAGCACUGACUGCUGCAAGCAGCCUGUCAUCCACAACACUGCUAAUAUCCAUUUAAAAAUCAAAUAGCACAGUUAAUAUAUCAAAGAAACAUGAAAUAUCCAUGUGUCCAUAUUUUCUUCUCUCUUGUAUUUUCUUGUUAAUAAAAUAAACUAGUGCAUCUUGUGCAGGGGCGUGUCCUGGUGUGUUGUCAUCCAGCACACAAUUAUUUUUAAACUCUAAAAUGUACUGAUGUUUCUGAUUAAACAUCCAAAUUUCCCAUUUGCA